ACCUCCCCUCAUGCCCUCCCACUCCUUUCCGUCGUAUCUCUCUCCCUCUUGUCCGACUCUUCACGUUAUUCUGCGGACAAUUCCUCAAAUUCCAGCCUUCCUCCCGCUUCCAGCACUCAGGCAAAGAUUUCCCACUCAAAACAGUGCAUUUACCUCACUGUUCCCUCAGACAGAAUUUAGUACCUGCCUCGCUUCAGGCCGGUGAGAGUCCUUCAUUUACCUACCAUACCCAUUCCCAGAGCCUUUGCCCUCCAUCUGUAUCCACUAAGGCAUCUUGUGCUCUCCCUCCACCACCCUGUCGUCCGAGUGGGUAUCAGCGCCCUCUCCAGGGGGCGCUAGCGAGGAGCUCAGCGAGGGAUUGGAUAAGGCACUAGAGACUGAUGCAGAAGGCAUAUGGAGUCCAGACAUCGAGCAAAGCUUUCAUGAGGCGCUUACGAUCUAUCCGCCCUGCGGCCGACGCAAGAUUAUCCUCUCCGACGAGGGCAAGAUGUACGGACGGAACGAGCUGAUUGCGCGGUACAUCAAGCUUCGAACGGGGAAGACACGGACCAGGAAACAGGUGUCCAGUCACAUUCAGGUGUUAGCGCGACGGAAAGCUCGUGAAAUUCAGGUGAAACUCAAGGACCAGACGGUUAAAGACAGAGCCCUGCAGAGUAUGUCCACUAUGUCAUCGGCCCAGAUCAUCUCCGCCACAGCCUUUCAGAACAAGAUGGCUCUGCAGGGGCUCUCACGGGCGGCCUACCCGACAGCUGGUGGGUUCUGGCACGGAACUCAUGCAGGACAAACUGCAGGUCCUGAAGACAUCAAGCCUUUUUCCCAACUGAACUUCAUUAUGCAAGCCACCGGCCCACCAUCUAUAACAGGUUACGAGAGCGCUACAGGAAUGACCUCAAAUGCUCCACCCUGGCAGGGUCGAAGUAUCGCCAGCUCUAAACUGCGCAUGUUGGAGUUUUCCGCUUUUCUAGAGCAACCUCAGGAUCCCGAAACUGUCAACAAGCAUCUGUUUGUACACAUUGGCCAGUCCAACCCUACGUACAGUGAUCCGUACUUGGAGGCCGUGGACAUACGUCAAAUUUUCGACAAAUUCCCAGAGAAGAAAGGAGGGCUGAAGGAGCUGUUCGAGAAGGGACCAGCGAACGCUUUCUUUCUUGUAAAGUUCUGGGCGGAUCUCAGUGUUAACCUCCAGGACGACAGCAGCUUCUUCUACGGCGUAUCGAGUCAGUACGAGAGCACGGAGAACAUGAUCAUCACAUCUUCUACAAAAGUCUGCUCGUUCGGGAAACAGGUGGUGGAGAAGGUGGAGACGGAGUACGCACGUUUUGAGAACGGGAGAUACGUGUUUCGGAUUCAUCGAUCGCCGCUGUGUGAAUACAUGAUCAACUUCAUCCACAAACUUAAACAUCUACCAGAGAAAUACAUGAUGAACAGUGUACUUGAAAACUUCACGAUUCUCCAGGUGGUAACCAACAGAGACACUCUAGAAACCCUGCUAUGCAUCGCUUACGUAUUUGAAGUCUCAACCAGCGAGCAUGGAGCUCAACAUCAUAUCUACAGACUAGUCAAAGACUGACACUCAGACCCCUAUGGCAGGUCAACGCCUGACUUUACCACUACAGAUGCCAUCCAUCCAAUGCCAGAGCGCCCCCUACUGGCCUCAGCCUGACCUUCCUGUGGUUCUGCAAGGGUUGCAGGGGACAUGGCUGCAAAAGACUUUCUUGUACUACUGUUCUGAGGCACAAACAGAAAAGUCUUCACACCUGGAAUCUUCUGGAAUAGGAAAUCUGAAUGUUUUCAUUUCUGCAUAAUGGAACUGUAAUAGAAGGACAAUGCAUGAGAAAGUCGUUUUCAUUAUUUAAUCUCAUUUCAGCCAAAAGUGUUUGUGUUUGUUAACACAGUCGUGCGCACUGCACAAAAUCAUUUUCUUAAUCAGUAUUUUUUUUGUCUUGUUUUCUGGUGAAAAUAUCUAAACUGCCUUAAAAAAAUAAAUCUUUUCUUGUUUUAAUUAAAAUAAUAAUAAUAAUAAUAAUAAUUAAAAUAUAUAUAUAUAUAUAAACACAAUUUAGGGAGGUUUAACACAAGAAGAAAAAAUAAAAUUGUCAAUGGGCUGAAAAGAUGCAUUUCCUUGCUGAUAAACCAGCUCAAACCACCCAGAUAGCACUUCUAAACAUCUUAAAAAGAUCCGAUUUACAUCCUAAAUCAUAAACGUCUUAAAGACAUCUGCUGGACAUAUUGAC